CCCACUUGCCAGCACCAGAUAGUCAGGGGCAGAUGUGUGUCACAGGUAAGAGCGGUCUCACUGCGCAGACUCGCCGGCUGGAUGCGAAGCGGCAACUUCAUUCGGAGUCCGCCGCCGAUACUUGGCAUCAGUGUCAUGAAGCAGGAGUGGACUGCCAUCCGACAGCCAGCGCUGGACUGAAACACUGGAUCUGCCUCCACGAGUUGAGCUGCAAACAGGAUGACUGAAGUGAUGAAUUCUCUGGAGCCCGGGAAGGAGGACUUCAGCGGGGGCGAUGAAGAGCAGAGCCAAGGUGCCGCAUCCUUCCAGAUUUUCCCCGAUUCCCAGGAGAGGUAUCCAAAGCUGACCAAGAGACUUCCUUCCAUCGUGGUGGAGCCCACGGACGGCGCUGAGGUGGAGAGCGGAGAGCUUCGCUGGCCCCCUGACGAGCCGAGCACCUCAGAUGCCCCGGGUGAGAAACAGACCUCCCCUCACACCGCUCCGACUACAGGCGACCAAACCGCGGCUAAAGGAGAAUUGGACCUUCAGGAGGAAUACGGUGGUGAAGCUGCAUCAGGAGCCGAAGAGCAGGACUCCGAGUGAAAAACAGCCCUUGUAUGAAGUCAGUUGUAACUGUGAGUGUGUCCAGACCUGGAUAACAAGAAGAAAAAAAUUCCAUUAGAAAAUAACUUGGAUGGUUAGCUGCAUAGAUAGAGGAGACAACAGAAAAUAGGUGGUUGUUUAGAAAAAUAAGAGUCCCGAAGCUCAUCUCAAAGGGCUUGGAGCUAGUGUGUGGUGUAAGAGUUUUUUUUGUUUUUAUGAAUUUACAAAGGUUGUGAAAAUUUUUUUUUUAUGGGCACAUCACAAUAGAGGCAAAUGCUUGGAUACAAGCAAUAGUUAAUUUAAAGUACGAUCUUUGAUUUUGUUUCAUUUACUGGCACCUAUAGUGAUACACGGUAAUUACAAUACAUGGUAAUCUCAGAUAUCCAUUCACAGUGAGAUUCUUCAGUGCUGUUAGCACCCUCCCCACCACCAAAACUAGAAGAAUUACAUAGAUCUCAGCUAUUCAUAUUGUAUCUGUUUGUAAAGCUCUUCUAAGAUCUUUUUCUACUAUAUCUGCUUGUUUGCCACAACAACAUCACUUCUUUUUUUUAAAAUUUGCCACAUACCCAAAAUGGUCUCCUUCUCCUCAUGCGGCUGCUACGCCGAAGACGUAAAAAUGCUAAGUUCCGUAUCAUUUUACCCGAGAAAGACAUACGUACAAUAACCAUUAAA